UGACCGCAAAUAGCUUGAUUCAGGGCGCAGAGUUGUAGGGCUUAUUCCUGCAUCCCCAAAGCCAUCAGCUGAUGAACGAGGGAUUGGCGAUGGCCGUUGUGUGUGUCUGUAGAGUUUUGCGGCAUUGAUCUGUGUAGCUAUGGGGACGAGUAAGAAAAUGAUGGUGAAAGAAGCAGUGCCUGCGACGGGGGCGAAGAGCUUGGAGGUGGUGGUGAAAGCAGAUCCCAAAGCAUGGCUUGCCGCUACUUCGGACCUUGUUCAGUGCACGAGAGCGGCGUCAGAGUACUUGUUCUCGGCGUUGGCAGUGAACACAGAAUCGCCACUCGAGAAAUUGCUCACGGUGAAUUUCGAUGCUGAGCAGAUAUGGCAGCAGAUUGACCUGCAAGCUACGCCAACUCUGAAUAAGAUUAGGAAGUCUCUCCGGAAGUUGGAGAAAACGCCCCCGAAUAAACUGUUUCAGUUUAAGGGCGAGAAGAAAUCUACGCAGCGAGGUUCGGCGAAAGAGAAAAGCCAGGAAUUGGAGUCCGAUGAGGACUCAGACAGCGAGGAUCUUGACGAUGAAGAAAUCUCAGGCUCAGAUGAUGAUAAAGAAGAUGGGGAUGAUUCAGGCAACGAAGAUGAAGUGGAAGAUGGUUCUAAAUCAGAGGAGGAAUACUCUGAUUACGAUGAAGAAGAGAAGAAAGCGGUAGAAGACAAGUUUCUGAAAUUAACAGAUAUGGAGAAGUUCUUAGAUCGGGCGGAUGCAGAGGAUGCUGGCAUUACUGAAGAUGGCAGUCAAGAUGAUGAGGAUGAUGGCGAAGAUGAAGAAGAGGAUGAUGACGACGAUUUGGAGAUGGAUGAAGCUUUUGACUUCUCCGCAAGAUUAGCAGAUAAAGACGAUGGUGAUAACACAUGGGGACCUAAAUAUUCGGAUUUUAUUGGAAAAGGCAAGAAGCAGAAACCUAAACCCUCGAAAAGACAAGAUAGCGACGAUGAACCUGGGGAUGAUGACCUUGAAGAUGAUGAUGAAGACGAGGAUGACGAGGGACCAGAGGCUAUGGUCACUGAUAGACAGAUCGUACCAGCGGAGGAGGGAAAGCUUUCCGCUCACGAAAGACAACAGGAGAAGACGAAGAGACGAAUCGAGCAGCUGGAGAAAUCAAAUUUAGAGUCAAAAGAUUGGACUAUGCAAGGCGAGGUGUCAGCUUCUAGAAGAUCAAAAAACAGUGCUUUGGAAGUUGAGCUGGACUUCGAGCAUGGUGCUCGUCCAGCUCCAGUUAUUACGGAAGAAGUAACACAAUCACUAGAGGAUAUGAUUCGGAGCCGGAUUAUUGAGGGCACCUUUGAUGAUCCGCAACCUAGAGCUCCACCAGUUACAGCUGCUCCCAAAGAACGCAUGGAAAUGGAUGAAGAAAAGAGUAAAAAGGGACUGGGAGAAAUUUAUGAGCAAGAGUACAUGGAAAACACCGGACUAGCAGCUGCUGCUACGCCUGCCAUGGAGGCUUUGAAAGCUGAGGCUUCAGCUUUGUUUAGGGGCUUAUGCAACAGGCUUGAUGCUCUCUCACAUUUCCACUUUGCACCCAAACCAAAAAUAGAAGAAAUGGAAGUGAAGGUUGAUGUACCAGCGCUUGCUAUGGAAGAGGUUGCGCCGCUUGCAAUUUCAGACGCAUCCAUGCUGGCCCCAGAGGAGGUUUACAAGGGUGAAGGCAUUAUCAAGGGAGAGAGUGAACUGACUCCAGAGGAGAGAAAGAGACGCAGAGCUCAGAAGAAAAGGAAGAGAAAAGGAGCCAAGAAGGCAGAAGAAAACUCAAAGAGAGUCCGUACCAUUAAUGGUCUAGCAAAGGACCCGCUGAAGGAGUUAAUUAUUAAGUCAACACCCGUUCCAGAGAAACGGACAUCAUCUUUCUCAAAAUCUGCCAAGGUGUUUGCUGCACUUGAUGUUGCCAAAGAGAAGGGCAAUAAGCCUGAUAAGCCUGACAAACCUGCAAUUAAUGCUUCGCAUUUGAAACUCUAGGUUUUAUACGCGAAAGGCUGCACUGGUUGCUUUUACAAUUUAGACGCAGAAUUUUGAAUCAUGAUAAAGUGUUUUCUGUGAUGUCUACCUGUCGAUUGCUGCAAAAGAAGGGAUUACAGGAUUAGACGUGUGGACCACAUAAACUCUUCUUUGGGCACGGGGCUGUAGGCAGAUAACCCAACUAGAGUAAGGCGAUUGAUCUGGCUUUUUAUGGCCUGUUUUUGUGGUCCAGUACACAGCCGAAGCUUUCUUACAUAUUGACUUCAGCACAGCCAAUAGGCAUCAGUAUACCGAAGUUCGCUACAGCAAUUCCUAGCUCGUAGGAAUCACCCAACCUUAUUGAAUGCUGACAAGGUGAUGGGAAUUCAAAUGUACCUCAGCACAAGCAUCAGGAGCUCUAUUCACUAUUUUUUGUGAUGAAGAGAACGUCAACUGUAUGA